AUGGGAAAGUUGGCCAACAGGUCAGCCAUACUUCUGAAUGUGUCAGGCUUGGUCACCUCUCAGAUUUUAAAACCAGUAAUUGAGAAGCAGCGUCGGGACCGAAUCAACGGGAGACUGGAGGAGCUGCGCGCUCUGCUGCUUAGCACCACGCAGGAUACGCGACUUAGAAAUCCCAAGCUGGAGAAAGCCGAAAUUCUGGAGCUGACUGUGGAGUUUAUCCGUAAGAAAGCUGACGGCCAACACACUUCCCAGACAUUGAUGGAAUCCAAAGACUCCCAGAGCAGACCCAGUGGAACCCAGGCAGUGGGCCCCACAGCAGAGCUGAGAAAUGUGGCGAGCACCUGCGCGAGGGGACCCAUUGGUCAGUGCCAGUCACUGGGCCCUGCAGCAGAGCAGCGCAGUCGGACGGACAGCUACACGAGGAGGCCCAGUGGCAGUACAGAGCCUAGAGACUCCUGUGCCAACCUCAGCACCAGAGCUGGGGAUGUGUUCACGUUGCCUGACCCCUCCUCCUCCUCAGCCAGCUCCCCUGCCACCUCACCGGGGGUCACCAUGGCAACGCCGCCCAGCUCCAUCACCCACCCCAGCUCUGCUGCUCCUCCCGCUGCCCCUGUUGCCUUGAUGACGACACCGGUGCAGUUCCGCUGCCCUGUGGACAGAGGUCAGCCCCGGCGGACUCUCUUCCACGCCAGCUCUGCUGCCUGCAGCUCCCCUGUGUGGAGGCCCUGGUCCUCCUGA